AUGUAUGUCUAUGGUGGCUACACAAGUGAGCAUGGCGUCGAUGUUGCCCGCCGCUGGUACAACUGCUAUGUAGCUACAUGUCCAUUUUCGGCUGCUGACAGGCAUGCAUGCUUGCUUGGUUUCCGCUUGAUCCGCGCCAUCACAUCUAUUACAUGCAUAUGCCGGGCAAACUCCCAUCUCACUCGUGCAGAUUCCGCGAUAGACGGCGUGGGCAUAGUUGCCAUUCUCUCCAAACCAUCUGGUCCUGAGCUGUUGCUGCAGAAACAGUACCGGCCUCCGAUUGAUAUGGUCACCAUUGAGAUUCCGGCUGGUUUGGUUGAUGCAGGUGAGACAGCGGAGGAGUGUGCUGUCCGUGAGCUGAAGGAGGAGACCGGAUAUGUUGGUGUUGUCCAGCAGAAAGGGCCUAUCUUAUACAAUGGCAACAAAAGACGUUGGAAGGAAGAUAUAAUAAAAGUGUAUUACUCCCGGAUGCUACGGGAGCUAUUUCCAAUUGCCGCAUCGCCCUUCUUUGGUGGAAAUAUCGAGAAUCGCCCGCUAACAGAAAAGAGCAACUCAGAUCCCGGAUUCUGCAACACAAAUAUGAACAUGGUUCACGUACAUGUUGACAUGUCAUUGCCCGAAAACCAGAAUCCAAAGCCUAAGCUUGAGGAUGACGAGUUUAUCGAGAGUUUCAGUAUUCCUCUUGCCAAACUGUUCGAGGAAACAAGACGGCUGGAGCGAGAGGAAGGAUAUGCCAUUGAUGCGCAUGUAGGAACCUUAGCCGAGGGAAUAGAGAUGGCGCGGCAAUGGGGGAUUGUCGGAUAG